AUGUAUCGUCCACAGCCUCUCUCAUCUUUUGUUCGUUGGAAGGAGAGUGGGGAGGAGAAGAAGAAGAAGAAGAAGAAGAAGAAGAAGAAGAAGAAGAAGAAGAAGAAGAAGAAGAAGAAGAAGAAGAAGAAGAAGAAGAAGAAGAAGAAGAAGAAGAAGAAGAAGAAGAAGAAGAAGAAGAAGAAGAAGAAGAAGAAGAAGAAGAAGAAGAAGAAGAAGAAGAAGAAGAAGAAGAAGAAGAAGAAGAAGAAGAAGAAGAAGAAGAAGCUGCGGACGACUCCGAGCUGA